AUGAUUGUAAUUCUACUGAUGUCUAUGUCAAUGGUGCCGUACAAUGGUGGCCAAGAAUUGGAGCCACCAGCAUUCCUGCCAGAGCUUCUUGACACACCUGAAAGAAUACUGAACAAUGCCACAUUCUUCAAUGGAGUCUUUCAAAAUGUGGAAAGUGUUGCAUUAUUUUUUGACUGCCUGGGUUCUCACUUCACCUGGUUACAGUCCAUCUUCACUAACUUCCCUGCCCUGCUCAACUUUGUGAACAAAAUGAAGUGUGUUACUGGUUUUUGUCCCAGGGAUUUUGAAGACUAUGGUUGCUCUUGCCGGUUUGAGAUGGAAGGGCUCCCGGUGGAUGAAGCUGAUGAAUGCUGUUUCCAGCACCGCAAAUGCUAUGAGGAAGCAAUAGAGAUGGAGUGCACAUGGGACCCAUCAAAGAUUUCUACAGAUGUCAGCUGCUCUACUGAAAACCUGACCUGUGAGUCUGGGGAUCCUUGUGAACAGUUCCUCUGCAACUGUGACAAAGCUGCCAUUGAAUGCUUUGUGAACGCACAUAUUAACUCUUCCUUGAAUGGGCUGGAUGUCUCCUUCUGUCCAUCUGCAGUUACAGAAUCCCUUCAUCAUGGGACUGACAAAACACAGGCUGCAACUGCAUCCGUGGAAGAAGUGAUUUCUUUUGAGCCCAGUGAGAUGGUUCUGGGGACUUCCAAAGGUGGAGUUACCCCAAGGGACCACAGAGGUACAGCUCCUGCUCCCUCCGUCCUCUCAAUAAAAGAAAACGAUGGAUUUAUGGAAGCUGUGGUCCCAGUGGAAGAGAUAACCACCUCCCCAGCCUCAUUCCCAGGAGAUACUAACUCAAUGCAAGUCAAAAUUGUCCCCACCAAGAAGAUUUCUGCAGGCACAUCUGCAAGGACAAAAGAAAAAGAGACGAGCCCUGCAAGGGGUGGCCAGAGCACAGCUUCCUCUGGAAUAGCUCUGGAACUGGUGUUGGCUGACACAGGACCCCAUGAACCCACAGCAAAAAUAUGUGAGCGAUUAACCUUUAUGCAAGAGAGAGGAAAUGGAAGAGCGAAGAGGGAGCUUCCCCAGCUAGGAGAAAUGCUGUUCUGUUUAACUGAGCGAUGUCCAGAGGAAUUUGAAUGCUGCUUCGCUCAUCACUGUUGUAUGGAACAAUUUAAGAAACUGGGAUGUCAUGCAGAACAAAGUUCAAGAUCUGAAGUUGUAUGUUUUGACCAUAAGCCAAAAUGUAUUGGUUGGAGCAUGUGUGAGAAGCUACUGUGUGCUUGUGAUGAGACAGCAGCUGAGUGCAUGGCUUCUGCCUUCUUCAAUGAAAGCCUUAAGUUUCCACAGAGGCAGGAGUGCCAAGAGGAGAAAGCCUCCUGCCAAAGAGACCCUUAUGAAAGGCCUUCUGUCGGCACAGAAACAGGCACCGGGACUUCCAGCUCCGAGGAGAGCAGCGAGGAGGAAGGUCCGCUGUGGAGCAUAUUGAGAAGAGCAAAGAGAGAGGCACACCGUCCCCUUGGAAACUCCAGAAUUGUGCAACACGAAGGCAGAUAA